AUGGCCACAACCGCUGUAGGCGCAGCAUUUCUCCUGCUGCUACUUCUCCCCUUCUGCAUCUCUAUCUCCCAACCGAUCUCCGAUUCUCACCGAUCCGCCGCUUCUAACAUCUUCAAUGAAAUCUCUCCCAGUUUAGAAGAUGCGUAUGAGGCACUGAGAGUUUAUGAGAUUCUUACAAUUGAGAAGAAGCCGAUUGAUACCAAAGGCACUUGUAAGAAAGUGUUGGAAAAUCUAGGCUCGUCUUCUUCCCCUCUUAAGGAUGUGUUCUAUGCGUUGAAAGUUAAUGGCGUAUUGAAAUGCAAAGUUGAUGGUGCGGUUUUCAAGGAUAUUGCCUCAAGACUCAAGGCCACUGUCCAUGAUGCAAGUACUUUGCUUGACACAUACUACUCUGUAGGAAGUUUGGCUCUUAUAAAGGGUCAGGCUUCAGAUGUUGACGUUCUUCUAACUGAUGCUAAUGGUGUUUUUCAAUCAAUCAAGGCUCUAAGCCAAACUGAUGGAAGAUGGCGCUACAGCUCUGAUAAUCCAGAGUCUAGUACCUAUGCUGCUGGAUUAGCUCUUGAAGCUCUUGGUGGAGUGAUUUCACUUGCAUCUUCUGAAAUCGAUCAGAGUAAGGUCAGUAUAGUAAGAAAUGGUAUAGUGAAGCUAUUUGACAGCGUCGAGAAAUAUGAUGAUGGAGCAUUUUAUUUUGAUGAGAAAUCUGUUAAAGGAUCCGAGCAUCAAGGUUCCCUUUCCACGACUUCUUCAGUUGUUCGAGGGGUUGCUGCAUUUGUUGCAGUAACUUCUGGGAAAAUAAAUCUUCCAGGGGAUAUAAUUCUGGGUUUAGCCAAGUUUUUCCUCGGCAUUGGAAUCCCCGGAGAUGCCAAGGACUUCUUCAAUCAAGUUGAAUCCUUAUCCUUUUUCGAGAGCAACAGAAUUUCCAUUCCACUGAUUUUGUCACUUCCUGAAACAGUCCAUUCAUUGACCAAAAAAAGCCAGCUUAAGGUCAAGGUCAAUACAGUUCUUGGUUCAGAUGCACCACUUCUGACAGUUAAGCUUGUCCGAGCUUUUAGCACUGGAGCAAAAAAUUCAGCUAUUAUUGAAAACAAGGAGCUUCAGUAUGACCAAAAAAGUGGAUUUCAUUUCUUGGAUACCCUCCCAGAAAAUGUUGAUGUGGGAACAUAUGUUUUUGUUUUGGAGAUUGUGCUACAUGAUUCUGAAAGUGACAAAGUUUAUGCUACUGGAGGCCAAAUUCAUGUGCCAAUAUAUGUCACAGGCGUUAUUAAAGUUGGCAGUGCAGAAAUUGCAGUUCUGGACAGUGAUCUUGGAAAUGUUGAAACCUAUAAGACGCUAGAUUUGGCUGGAAAUGAUGUCGCUUCACUCUCGGCUAACCACCUGCAGAAGUUGAGGCUUUCUUUCCAAUUGGAAACUCCUCAUGGCCGUGUUUUCAAGCCUCAUCAGGCAAUUUUAAAGUUGAAACAUGAAUCUAAGAUUGAACACAUUUUUUUGGUUGGAAGUACUGGCAAGAAGUUUGAGAUCACAUUUGAUUUUCUUGGCUUGGUGGAAAAACUUUUUUAUCUCUCUGGCAAGUAUGACAUUGAGCUGACUGUUGGUGAUGCUGUCAUGGAGAACUCCUUCUCACGACUACUCGGUCAUGUCGAAUUAGAUCUUCCAGAAGCUCCUGAGAAAGCAGCUCGUCCUCCUCCACCACCUGUUGAUCCUUACUCAAGAUAUGGGCCCAAAGCAGAGAUUAACCACAUAUUCAGGGUUCCUGAAAAGCGACCACCCCAGAAACUUUCUCUCGUAUUUUUGGGUUUGAUCCUUUUGCCACUCAUCGGCUUUUUGGUUGGGUUGUUACGUUUGGGGGUGAACCUGAAGAAUUUCCCUGGUUCAACAGUACCCGCUACAUUUGCCACCCUUUUCCAUCUUGGUCUUGCUGCAGUUCUGUUGCUUUAUGUACUUUUCUGGUUGAAGCUGGACCUAUUCACCACACUCAAAAUACUUGGCCUUUUGGGAGCUUUUACGAUGUUUUUCGGACACAGGAUUCUUUCCUAUCUUGCUUUAACAUCGUCCAAGUUGAAGUCUGCAUGA